GUAUAUUGAAAGGAUAAGUUGACUGAUAUAUAAAGACAGAUAAUUUUGAGGUAAUUGAGAUGUUUAGCUCUCCAAUUUUUAAUUAUUUAUUAACACAAUUAACUCAAUCAACUCAAUCAACUCAACUAUCAAUAACAAUUAACUUACAAUCGACUAAUUUUAUAUUAUUUUAAUACUCUUUUAAUCAUGUCUGGAUAUUUUUACUCGCCAUUUUGGGAUUUCGUNGAUUCAAUUGAUGAUAAUUUAAACCAAUUCAAUCGUGCUUUAGAAAAUGCUGGUUAUGGUCGUCAAUCAAAUAAACAAGUGGCUAAAAAAAAUGCCAAACAAAAUAACCAAUUAACUAACAAAUCCAAGGAAACACCUAAUUCGUUAACAACUGGAUUGUUUAAUGAUGAUUUAUUCAAUUCAUUUAGUUUUAUUCCUCCUGUUGAUUUAUUGAAUCAUGAAAAGGAUUAUGAGUUGCAUGUUUCAAUUCCAGGUGCUGAAAAGGAUAAAAUCAAUGUAGAAUUCAACAAAGAGACCAAUCAAAUCACUGUUUCUGGAGAAGUUACUUCACAUAAAGAAGAAGAAAAGGACAAUUACAAGUAUCAAGAAAGAUNCACCGGAAAGUUCUCAAGAUCAGUUGCUUUGCCAAAGGAUGAAACAUUAGAUGAUGAAAACAUCAAAGCAAAUUAUAAGGAUGGUGUUUUGGUUCUUAAUAUUCCAAAAUUAGGGCCCAAAGUUAAUGAAAACACUCGUCGUAUCACCAUUUCCUGAGUAGGCAGCAGAUUCAGACCAGUUUUGCUGAAUGUGCUCUUUAUAUAGUUUGUAGUGUCGAGCAGCAUUUAUAUAGCCUUUGAAAUACACAACUCUGAAGAACACACCACGAGAGCCCUGCUGUUGCAACUGCAUCCGAAGCUAGAACUGGCUCAAACACAACAGUUCAAUUCAAAGCAACUGCUGCCAUCAACGAGCAUCUUUCUGGUGCGCUGUGCGUUUAAUAGAGAGUAGUGUUGAGGUUGGAGGAACGAGAGCAGCGAAAGAGACUCCUCUGAGGUGU